UGAAAGUCUCACGAGCCACAGCAGGUUUCGCGGAGGGGGAAGAAGAUACUCGAGCUUUGUCUGUAGCAACAUCCCCGUUUAUAGAAUAUUUCUUUAAUACAAAUGAGGCGGUUUUAGUCCCAACGUUAAGUUUAUCGUUAUACUAACAUAACUCUUGAAAAUGCUUCAGUCCCUAGCCAGCAAUUCUUGUGUGCGUUUAAUACAGAGUCACAAAUCGACGUGGUAUUUUCUAUCUCUAGUUUUGGGUUAUCUCCUUUAUCUUAUAUUCGGCGCUGUCGUCUUCUCUUCGGUCGAGCUGCCCUAUGAAGACCUCCUACGUCAGGAGCUAAGGGCCAUCAAAAAACAGUUCCUCCAGGAAAACGAGUGUCUCUCCGAGGAGCGACUGGAGCGGUUUCUAAAGAAAGCCCUCGAGGCCAGUAAUUAUGGGGUUUCAAUUCUCAACAACGCAUCGGCAAACUGGAACUGGGACUUCACCUCUGCGCUGUUUUUCGCCAGCACGGUGCUGUCCACCACAGGAUAUGGCCACACAGCACCCCUGUCUGAUGGUGGGAAGGCCUUCUGCAUUAUUUACUCAGUGAUAGGGAUACCCUUCACCCUCCUCUUCCUCACUGCUGUGGUGCAAAGGAUCAUGGUGUUCAGCACACGGAGGCCAAUCGUGUAUAUCCACACACGCUGGGGUCUGUCCAAGCCACUGGUGGCCAUUGUUCAUGCUACUCUGUUGGCCACGUUGGCUGUCUCAUGCUUCUUCUUCAUCCCUGCCGCCAUCUUCUCAGCACUGGAGGAGAACUGGAAUUUCCUGGAGUCCUUCUACUUCUGUUUCAUUUCUCUCAGCACCAUCGGCCUGGGAGACUAUGUACCAGGAGAGGCUGCAAACCAGAAGUUCAGGGAGCUCUACAAAGUGGGCAUCACUGUCUACCUGCUCUUGGGUCUGAUAGUCAUGCUGGUGGUGUUGGAGACCUUCUGCGAGUUGCAGCAACUGAAGCAGCUGAGGAAGAUGUUCUACUUGAAGAAGGAGAAGCCGCAGGACCGCCUUGCUAUUUUGGAGCACGACCACCUGUCCUUCACCACCGUGUCCGACAGCUCCACAGCCCACAGUGAGGAGAAAACCCAGACGUUUGUUAGCGUCCCCACUCUGGUCUCUCCUAAUGAUGAUCCUUUGAUCCAGUAAUAUCGACAAGAAUCACUGUGGAUUAAUGGAUGAAAAUAUGAAAGCAGUGGGAUAACACGUGCAAGAUUAGAGGUAGAUAGUUUAGAUCACAAUCUCAGCUGUAGGCAUCCUGCAACACUCAACCCUGUAAACUCUAAUAGAACAACUGGUUAAGACUACUCAAAUCAAGUAAACGGUAUCCUUUAUUAAACCACAAUACUGACAUUAAACUGUUAUGCAGCAGCAGCUGAAUUAAUGUAAAUUAAUAAGGGAAAAUUAAUAUUUCAAUAGCUGCUAUAAAUACAAAGAUAAGUCCUCUGCUGUAUUGAUGACUCUUAGAAGUUAAGCACCUUUAAGAGCUGCAUUAUUUAUUGCACAUUUAAGAAUAUUUUAUAAAGUAAUUUGUCUCUUAAAUCUAGCUGAAAUACAGGACAAUUGUCUGUCACAUAAUACUACGUACAUAAAUAUGUGGGUGUCUUUAUAAAUAGAGAUGCUUGACACGUAUUUGGACUGAACAUAAUCAGGUAAAUGUUUUCAACAUAUAAUACAGUGGCACUUUGAAUUAACACACCUGUUAAAGAUGAGCCAAAGUGUAUCCAAGGCAUAAGAAUAUCUACGAGUAAUGAACAUUUAAGUUAUUUUAAAAGUGAAGCAUUAUGACUUUUUAUUCUUUAUUAUCAUUGGACCUUUUCUCUUUUAUCUGCUAGCUUCAGUUAGAGAGUGACCGCAAAGGGAACUGGGUGGAAUACACCUGAGCUUCUCUCCUUUUACAUCUUUAUUGCAUCAGCUUGCACAAACAUCCUGUUUAGUACUGAAUUGGCACCUAUUGAUUUUUUUUUAAUGAGAAGGCUUUAGCGUCCCUGCUCUCUUGCAUAAUGUUGGUUGCACAGUUGACUAAGAGAGAAUGCAGAUUAAAAAAAAUGUUAGUGAAUUUAUGUACAGUUAACAAGCUAAGAAGAUGUCAGGACAUUUAAUAUAUGAGUUAGAUAGCUGCUGCAUGUAAAAAUAUAGUUUGUGCAAUAAGUGUUUUGUAGCAUUUUUGGGUCAUCUUUAUAGAUGUGUUAACUAUUCAAACUACACGUUGUCACAUUUCAUUGUGAUUGAAAAACAUUGUGUAAAGUAGUGUGACCUUCAACAUGUUGCAGCGAUGUUUCAAAGUUGUCCAUGUGUGAAGCACUAUGACUUAUUGAUUUGUCUGAGUGGUUUAAUAUGUGCCAGCCUGUGCAAAAAGGGAACUGAGGUUAGCCCAGCUUAAAAAGGGAACUAAAAGAGGCCAACCUGCUGCAUUUUACUGUCAUGAAUAGAGCUCAGUUUGUACAUGGACAGCAGCCAAGCAGUACACAAAAACAUAACAGCCGAAGUAUCUAAAGGAAGGGACAUGGGAUUUGGGAAAGCUGUAGAUAUUUUUAUUGUAAAUAUUUUUGUUGUGAGUCAUCUGUAAUGGCUUAAUAAUGGCUGGUUCUCAAUGACUGGAAACUUUUACUGUAUUUACAAAAUUUGAAUGUGGAAAUGUAUAUUUUUGAAUGUGAAAUGAUAAAGGUUUACAAGAGUUUGAUGGAAAAAAGUAAUGCUGUUCUAAAGAAAGGUACCGCUGAAAACUUGAAAUGAUAAAUUCCUGCAGCUGUGCAGUCAAAACAGUUCUGAUUAUCCACUGCAGCAGUUUAAAGUGUGCUUAUGAGAUGAACAUAGAAGACACAAACAGCCAUAUGUAAAUCUCAAAAAACAUGUUUCUUUCCUGACGAAUUUCAGGAAUUAUUCUAUGAUUUCAAUUGUUGCAAACAGAUAACCACUCGAAUGGUGUUGCAAACUCCUUUAAAUAAAAUUUGGCUUUGAUAUAUACAAUAUGUUACAUGUUUUGCACAUGAUUAUACUCUUUGAUAUAUUUUAAUAGGCACUGAAUUUCCAAUAAUUUUUAGCGUUGUCACAUUGUUGGUGGGGAGAUUAGGUUCAGACCUCGUCUUUCUUUGAUGAAUUGGACUUCAAGAUAAAGUCAUGGCCUUAGUCUUGAAUGUGAAGUCUUUUAUGCUCUUUGCCACAGUGAUGUUUGAGGCGUGCCUGGAGUGGAACUUUGCUUCAGACGCCAGUUUAGUACUGUUUAUCUGAAGCAGCGUGUGCAGAUGAGUUGUGGUAAUUUAUUGGGACGACUUGCAAAAAAACUUUGACAAAACUAAACUUUAAUUGAUACACAAAUAACCUAUUAUUUACAAUAUAUUGCAUCAGAUAAGAUUGACACACAUACAGAUAAUGGUUUAUUAUUGCAUCAGGGCUUGCUCUCAGUCUUAUAUGCACUCUGAAGGGGUUGCAGUCCUCCUUUUGUUGUGUGAGGACGGUAUCUGGUGAGCUUAGUGCUUUGUUUCCAGUUAAACUGAAGCAACUGGAAGGUUAGCGAUAACAUUUCAGUCCUAAAAUGUAUAAAGGUUGUAAAUGCUUCUGUGAAGUUUUCAUUAGCUUUGCCUUAACCGCAGUGUUGAAUAACAUUGUUAUAUGUCUUUCAUUGUACAGUCUGUACAAAGGGAUAGAAACAUGACUGACUGUGACUGAACUCAGUUUCAUUGUAAUUUAUAGAGCAGCUGUUUGUUUCAUUUUCUUUGGAGCCAGUGUGGGCCUUCAUGUACCACUGUGAAACACUGAUUCUCUUCAUAUUCUUUGUUGAGAACAAAGAUAUGUUUUGCCAACUUUUUCUCUUUUACCAUAAAAUGUUUCACUGUUUUUUUAGGUGCAUUUAGUAAAUUGGUGUGGAUUUAGGCUUUGAUCCUGCAAAGUCAUCAUUCAUAUAGCUUGUCUUGAAGGUAAAAUUCAUUUGUUUUUGUUUUAUUCAGGGAAAACACGUGUGAAGGAUUACAGACUCACUCUGUUAUUUAUUCAUAUUAAGAAAACCAAUGUCUUUAAAAUUUAUGUCCAGAAGUUAUUGUAUAUAUUAUUUGAGUUGUGGUAGAUGCUCUAGGAUCAUAUGCACAGUUAAAUAUUUCACUGUUACAAUGCAAAUAUUGUAUUACAGGUUUGCCACUGUGUACCAAGGUUUUACCUAGAAUCCAGUACAGCAUAAGAAAAUACAUGAACUGUAAAAUGUCAGUGUUUCUGAAAUAAAGUGUCAGUUUAUUGCUA